AUGUUCAAGAAGAAGCCACAGAUCAAAAACUUGUCUCCUUUACGAUCCUCGGAUCGUCGCAAGCUCGCCGACCAGAUCAUAGCCGAAUAUCAGAUCCAGGUCCCUGCUCCUCCACAAACCCUCGAUGAGAACGGUGCCACCACUCUCGACCCAAAUCCUACAUCUCUGACCGCAAUCCGCUCCUCCUUGCUACCUGAAAACUGCCUUUCGGCACGAUUCAACACCCAUGCAGGGCCACAUUCUAAGCUCGUCUCCGGGACGAUCUACGUCGGCUCACAGCCUGGGCAAGAAGAACGGAUUUUGUGGUUUCAGAUAGGACAAUCGGAUCAAAGGCUGUACCCGACAGUCUACACGCUAUGGCAGAACCCAGGAUUGGUUCCGUUGUUGCAUACUCAGGAAUUUGUGGUUGAGAAGCUACGAAGUGGCGCCGAUCUGAUGACACCAGGUCUGACAAGAGGCCCGCCAUUUCCAGAAAAAGCAAAGAAGAACGCUAUCGUUGCUGUGGCCAGUAUCGAGAAACCCAGCGUCCCAGCCUUUGUUGGUGUAUGCGAGAUUGACGUUAGUGCACUCGAGCAGGUGCAGGGUGCGAAGGGUCAUGCAGUGAAAGGCGUGCACUGGGAAGGAGACGAACUUUGGGCUUGGAGCCAUGGCGGGAUAGGAGGAAAGCAGGCGGCCGAGAAAAUAGACGGAUGGGACGAUUCGGCAAAUGUCGUCGGUCUCAGCAAAGGUGUGGAGAGCAUGGCACUUGAAGAAGACGAUGCAGAUGGUCAAGAGGGAGGAGUUUCAUUAGAAGAAACAAAGAACGACAACGGGGGCACCCAUCGAGCGUCUUCAGAGAGGAGUGACGCUGACGAACAAGAAGCAGAACCUUCCACGCAGGAAAUCGACCAAGCAUUCUACAACGCCUUCCUGUUCGCUCUCCACAACGCCAGGAAGAAUGGCUCUCCACCUCACUACGGUAUCGAUCUGCCAGUGAACCCUUCGAUGUUGAUAUCCCACUUCAUUCAACCAUACCUUCCCAUUCACUCCACCUCCCAAGCACAAUACUACACUAUGAAAAAGACCAGUUGGAAGAACGCGAAAAAGUUCAUCAAAUACCUGGACAAACAAGCUUUGGUCAAAUCCAAGGAUCGCAGCGGAGGUGAGACUGUCAUCUUCGAUAUCGACUUUGACGACCAGCACAUCCUCGAUUUCAUUCCGUAUCGUCUACCAAAACCAAGAGAAGAUGCUGGAGGCGGCGGAAGUUCUCAGACACCUUCUAAAGCCGUCAACACAGCUUCCGAUCCAUCGGUCAACCAAAACCUCUCCCUCCAAACCUUGCUACGUCCGUCAUCCAAACUUGUGCCAGAUCUUCUCCCGUCCAAAACCGACUUCUACACCCCAAACCAAAUAUCUUCUUUUCUUCGUACAUAUAUCGAUCAAGACCCCGAACUGACAACCCAGUCGUCAUCACCUCGCUUCAUCAAACUGAAUCCAUUCCUGGCAAACAAUAUCCUCGGCGGCAGUGGCGCAUCAAAUCCUACAACCCAAGCAGCCGACACGAAAGCCUUGGCCGCCGGGGAGAUCGCUCGUGAUGUCCUCCAAAAGCGUCUCCUAGAAGACACGCACCUCUGCCAGCCAUACUGGGUAUUGCUCCGGGGUGAUCAGAAGUGGUCUUCUGCGGACCCAUCUUUACCCAAACCAAAGUCUGGGACCCCACCCAAACUAUCCGUUAUCAUCGAGAAACGGACAGGAACGAAGACGGUCACAAAGAUUGGGAACCUAGAGGUAUUCGGAAUCAACCCGGAGAUUCUGGCGGGAGAGUUGCAGAAGAAAUGUGCCAGCAGUACAAGUGUGGGACAGCUGGUUGGCGGAAAACCGGGGCAAAUGGAGGUGCUGGUUCAAGGGGAUCAGAGAGAGGUGGUUGAGAAGGAGGUUGGGAAGAGAGGGGUCGACAGGAGAUGGAUUGAGGUGAACGACAAGACGAAAAAGAAGGCGAAGAAAUGA